AUGGAGUUCUCCUCAGCAUUCACCUUUCAGCGACAGCCUCAAGAGAGCCAAGAACCCACUAGUGAAGCUCCUAUUCCCGUUUCAUCUCCUGGUAUUCACUGUCCUCACUUUGCGGGAUUUAUAGCAGUAUCCAUCGCAAAUGGUGGCAACACUGUAGGCCUGCAGCCUGUGAUAUCGAAUGCUGCCCCCACCUUCCAAGAUGUAUCCCUUGGUGGUGGCUCGUUCGAUGUUCGAAAAGUCAAAGCGUCUUCUUUUCCGAUUGGUCUGGGUACGGAGAUCUUGAAAGGUCGCAAACAUGUCGCUGUUAAACAUCCAAGAACGCAAGAUGACGGUUCUGUAUCCUUUGCCGACAUAGCCUUGGAACUACAGAUCUUGAGGCACCCUGCUGUCCAGAAACAUGAGAACAUCGUUGACUUAUUGGCUGUCAUGUAUCACGAUACCGGAAACAAGGAGGAAAUAACUGUUGUUCCCGCUCUUGUGCUUGAAUAUGCUGAGUAUGGAUCUCUCAAGUCAUAUCAAGAAGCAGGCUACGCACGGUCGCUGCAUGAGAAGCUAGACAUUGCUCUAGACGCAGCAAGGGGUCUUGAAGGCCUUCACGAAGCAGGAAUUGUCCAUGGCGAUGUGAAGCCCUCUAAUCUUCUUGUCUUCAAACAUCCAACCAAAAAGACCAUUGUUAAAAUCAGCGACUUUGGGUUUGCCAUGCCCAUGCAGGGUGGCCAGCUCAUCGGCAGUACCGAGGUCUACCGUGCACCUGAGGCAGAGACAACAGAUUUCAACAGCCGGUAUGUUCGUCAGCAAGACAUUUACUCUUUUGGUCUGACGCUAUGGACAAUUAUCGGCGACGGAGUGGCUUAUCACAGCACUUUACCAGACGGCGAUAAGCUUGAGAAUAUUUGGAAGCUCAAAAAGACUAAUCUAAUAGCGAGCCUUGCUGCUUUCAAUGUCCUCCAUCGUCUGCGAAACGAGACAUAUCCGCUCAUGACUCUUGCGAAAGUCAUUCUCACCUGCUUGCAGUGCUCUCCAGAAAAAAGAUUCUCAAGCAUGUCCAAAAUUAUCGAUCAUCUCGAAGUUACAAAGUCUCUCGUCGACAGCAUGGAUGGGCAUGAUACUCCAGAUGCCAGCGCCCUAAGAGCUGCGCUUCCUACCUUUGAGAGCAUCGUGUACAGAGCCAAGAUCCCCACGACAGAUGACGAGAGAUCCGAAAGGACGAUUCUCAAAGGCCUUACUACAGUGGUCUUUGCAUAUCUCCGCGAGGAGCUCGAUCUCCAGGACAACCCUGCAAGCAUUGAUCCAUGGCAAAUAUGUAACAUGAUGACUCAUUUCUUGCCAAAAGCCCACGAGCGGUACUAUUCCUCAUUCAAUCAAGACGAGAGUCCUUUUAUCGCUGCGCUCCAGGGCAUUUCCAAGGCCAGACUUGAGAAGACGAUAUCAGAGCUCUUGCCUACCAUAUCGCAACUCUUGCCCAGGGAAGCCAGUCCAAGCGGAACAAGUGACGCUCAGCCUCUUUCUGCCGUGAAUGCAUGUUUACUCAUCUUGGACUGCGCUGGACUCUUGAAUGAGCCUUUCAAUACCGAAUUGUUCUCAUUGGUUACCACCCAGUCGAGAGCAGAACCAAUACAGCUUUUUAAAGACGAAGACUUCAUCCCUGACUCAGCCCAGGUCGCCCUUUUCAAUAGUCUAAAGACUAUCUUUGAGACAUCCAACAAUCAGAACGAAAGAUCACAAGCCGCCCUAAACCUUGCUAGUGCCUAUGUGGACGAUAUAGGAGUUGAGUACAAUUUGAAGUCAGCGUCUUACUAUAUUCGCCAAGCAGCCCAGCUCGGUUCCGAAGAAGCCCGAACUCUCUAUAUCUCCGUAUUUUCUCACCUUCCUGACCAAGAGGCUCCUGAUGAUGAGACGCUACGUACCUGGGUUGUCGAGUCAGCGCAAGCCGGAAACCCAGUUGCUCUUCAGAAACUGAAAAAGAACUGGCCUUCAGAAUGGCGACAAGUCAAGCAGAAGUCUCAGCUCGACGAACUGAAUCGUCUCGGCGUCAACGUUAGCGCGUCUGAGGACUUAUCUUCCAUGUUGCAAGUCUUGUCUCUAAGGGAAGUCGAGUUCUCCUACUCCAGAGAUCUGCUUUUAUGGAGUAUUGUCCUGGACAAGCCAGAUGUGACAAUGACAUGUUUGAACCAGAAUCAAAGCUUGCCUGAGCUAGCUUUGCAGAAUGAGGAGACGCCUUUACUGAUCGCAGCUCGUCUUGGUCGAAAACGUGUUCUGGAGACGAUAAUACAACACCCAAGCUGCAGAAAUGCUGCACAGAUGGCCGAUGAAAGAGGCAUAACGCCUCUUCACUGGCUCUGCUCCUUCGAAGACGAAGACCAUGAGGCCAUCGCGAGCCUUAUGGUCAGCAAAGGCGCCGAGCUAAACUCUCCUGCUUGUGCAAUAUCACGCACCCAAUAUGGAAUAAGAGUUGACGAAGAUGGAAUUCUGGCUCAAACCCCUCUGCACUGGUCUAUCACACAGAAGAGACUGUCUGCCGUGGAUGCUCUCCUCAAACUGGGCGCUGAUCCAACAUUCUGUAUGGAGGUAGAGGAGGGGGAGGGAUCACACCUCUCGCCACUCGAACUCGCAUGUGGACUUUCCUACUCACCAGUUGUCGAGCGUCUUCUUCAAGAGCCGCUAGUUCAACCGGAAGCAAGCAAGCUGAAGCCAAUGGUAGGUGGAGGCGACCUUAUGUAUUUGCCUCUUUUCCACGUUAUAUCCGGAACUCCUCGUUGGCAGCGACUGUUGACAUUGGGAGUCGACUUUGAGUUGGAGACGAAGAAGACAAUGAAAGCCUUGAUUGAGAGCGGCGCACCUACGGAUGCUGUCUUGCAACUUGAAGACAAUGUUAAGAUGGCAGCAGUGUUUGCAACGGCUUACCAUCAAUGCGCGGCAGACCUUAUGGUUUCCGGUCUUGAGCUGGGCUUCGCGAAGCAGAUCAACGCUACCUUUGGAAGGAUAUCCAGUGGAGGCUCUGCUCUGUUUCUGGCGAUUACGCAUGGCGAUCGCGAUAUGUUUCAGGCUCUUGUCGACGCGGGUGCAGAUGUCAAUGCGGUAGACGCUGAUGGCCUCAACGCACUGCACCGUGCUGCCAAAGAAACAGAUGACGUCUACUUCAUUGAGAAGCUUCUGGAAAUGGGUCUUCCAGUCGAUCCAGUCACGCCAGAGCCUUUCAGCGCGUUCUACACUGCCACUUACAGUGGAAACCUUACUGUUGCACAGUAUCUGUUCGAUCAUGGUGCGGAUAGAGACCGCAUUGCUAAGUCGAUUAGCAAGAGUAUUAUGUCAGACAUGCUCUUAACAGGCACCAGGAAUGCCCUCCAUCGUGUCAAGUUCUUGCUCAGUCUUCCGGACCGCAAUGACUCUGAUGGAUUCUUGGUAGAUGUCGGCCGUGACACGUUUUCGUUAUUUCAUUUCGCAAUCAAGUAUGUUGGAGAAUUCGCGGAAGAGAACGAGGUUGCUGGAAUCAUGAUUAUCGAACUCCUUCGAAAGUACAACACUAAAGACCAGCUUGACAACACAGCGGGACCAUACAAGAUGACUCCAAUUGCAGUAGCCGCCGAAUCUGGAAACUAUUUCGCGGUGAGACAACUUCUCGAGUACGGCGCAAACCCAAAUAUCCCGGAUAACUAUGGACGAACGGCAUUGGACCUGGUGUACAGGAGAUACUGUUACCCAGAAAUGCUUCCAGCACUUAAAGAAGCAGAUGUGGAUGAUGAGAAGAUUGUGAAUAAGAUUUUGAAAGCGGCGAAUGAGAACACGACCGAGGUGAUGAGUCUUCUCAAGUCAUUUAACGCUGAGACCAAAAGUUGGGUUGCGCCGUCGUGGAUUGAGACUGAUAAUGGAUUUCGUAGCUUGGAUUGGGUUUUGGAGGGCCUGCGCGAACAACGUAAAUCUGGUGGUGGGUAG